AGUUGGUAAUUGAGUUGGUGCCAUGGAUUCAAUCCUCUCCUCCUCCACCACUUUCCAACUGAGAAACCCCCUUCUCUCCCUCCACCAAACUCCAUUAUUCUCCUCCAAAAUCACCAUAAGCAAAUCACAAAGAACCUUAUCCUCUCUCAGAAUAUCUGCAGCUUCACAAUCUGCUGCAACUUCCGCCGCCACGGCUUCUUCCAUCGUGCCAUCUGAAAUGAAGGCAUGGUCCUACUCCGAGUAUGGCGGCGUCGACGUGUUGAAGCUUGACAACAAUGUCGCAGUCCCUGAGAUCAAGGAGGACCAGGUUCUGGUCAAAGUGGUUGCCGCUGCUCUCAACCCUGUCGAUUCCAAAAGGCGAGCCGGCAAAUUCAAGGCCACUGAUUCGCCUCUUCCGACUGUUCCCGGGUAUGAUGUUGCUGGAGUGGUGGUGAAAGUAGGGAAGGAAGUGAAGGAUUUGAAGGAAGGAGACGAAGUUUAUGCAGAUGUGAGUGAGAAUACCUUGGAGGGGCCUAAACAGUUUGGAUCCUUGGGGGAGUACACCGCCGUCGAGGAGAAACUGGUUGCUCUUAAGCCCAAAAACAUUGGAUUUGCAGAGGCAGCUUCCCUCCCUCUUGCACUUGAGACUGCCUAUGAAGGCCUUGAAAGAGCUGCAUUUUCCCAGGGCAAAUCCAUUCUUGUUCUUGGCGGAGCCGGUGGCGUCGGAUCCCUCGUCAUUCAGUUGGCGAAGCAAGUGUUUGGCGCUUCGAAAGUGGCUGCUACUGCUAGCACACCAAAGCUGGAUCUUCUCACAAGCUUAGGAGCUGAUUUGCCUAUCGACUACACUAAACAAAACUUUGAAGACUUGCCGGACAAAUUCGAUCUAGUUUUCGACACUGUUGGGCAAGGCGAUAGGGCUGUUAAGGCUUUGAAGGAAGGUGGGAGCGCUGUCGUCCUAACUGGCCCGGCCGAGCCACCCGGUUUUAGGUUUGUGAUAACUUCGACAGGAGAGACCCUGAAGAAACUAAAUCCUUAUCUGGAGAGUGGGAAGCUCAAGGCCAUUGUGGAUCCUAAGGGGCCAUUCCCUUUCGACAAGGUUCAUGAAGCUUUCUCGUAUCUGGAAACCGGUCGUGCUACUGGAAAGGUGGUCAUAUAUCCUAUUCCUUAGAUUAAUAUAUAAUCAAAAUCACCACAGUUAUAAGAACAGAGAACAUUAACUUUCACAUGCCUUUUUGGCCAUUUCAAUAAGGGAAAGGUUGGUAUUGUUCAAA